AUGUCCCAAUUCGAGCUGCACGUGGCCACUCGUGCCAGCCAGGCUGCGCUGCUGCCUGUGGUUCUCAUCGCAACCUCAAUCAACGAGGCCCGGCCCACCCCAGUCAUCAACAUCAUCUAUGAGGACUCUGCUCUCCUCAGCGAGGGUGACAAGGCUUUCAUCCAGUUCAAGGCCGCUGACAAAUCUGCCUUCGGUACUAUCCCUGCCAUCCAGGAGCUCUGUGCUCAGUUCCCUUUCCUGGUUGGCAAGGAUACCAAGCUGGAGAGCGAAUGGAUCUCUCAGCUGGAAUCCCUCGACAACCUGGAUUUCAAGGCCUUGGACCCUCUCCUGCAGCGCCUCGAUACCCACCUUCUGAUGCGAUCCUUCGUGUCUGGUUACUCCCUGUCUACCCCCGAUAUUGCUAUUUGGGGUGCUCUCCGCGGAAACCGUGUCGCCGCUGCCGCUCUUAAGCGGGGUACUCUCGUCAACCUGACCCGUUGGUACAAGUUCUUGGAGGAGCUGUGCCCAUGGGCCACUUCAGCUGUCGAGGCUCUGAAUGCUGCCGCCCGCGAGAAGAAGCUUGCCAAGUCUAAGGAGGGUGCCAACUACGACAUUGCUCUGAAGAACACCGAGAACGGUGUCGUUACUCGCUUCCCCCCGGAGCCCUCAGGAUACCUCCACAUUGGACACGCAAAGGCUGCUUUGUUGAACGACUACUUUGCUCAUGAGAAGUACAACGGUACUCUUCUGCUCCGAUUCGAUGAUACCAACCCCUCCAACGAGAAGCAGGAGUUCCAGGAUGCCAUCGUAGAGGAUCUUGCACUUAUGGGCAUCAAGCCCAACAAGGUCUCUUACACAUCCGACUACUUCGACGAAUUGUACGCCUACUGUAUUACGAUGAUCAAGACCGGCAAGGCCUAUGCAGAUGACACUGAUAAGGAGACCAUGGCCGCCCAGCGUUGGGAUGGCCUGCCCAGCCAGCGUCGUGAGCUCACCCCCGAGGAGUCCCUGGCCCGCUUCGAGGAGAUGAAGAAGGGUACGCCCGAGGGCUUGCGCUGGUGUAUCCGUGCCAAGAUCUCCUUCGAGGACAAGAACAAGGCCAUGCGCGACCCUGUCAUCUACCGCUGCAACCCUGCACCUCACCACCGAACAGGCGCUAAGUGGGGUAUCUACCCAACUUACGACUUCGCCUGUCCUAUCGUUGAUUCUAUGGAGGGUGUUACCCACGCUCUGCGAACCAUCGAGUACCGUGACCGCAACCCGCAGUACCAGUGGAUGCUGGAUGCUUUGAGCCUGCGCACUGUGCAAGUCUGGGACUUUGCUCGGAUGAACUUUAUCCGAACUUUGCUCUCCAAGAGAAAGCUCACCAAGCUUGUUGAGAGUGGAGUCGUUUGGGGAUGGGAUGAUCCUCGCUUCCCUACCAUCCGGGGUAUUCGACGACGUGGUAUGACUAUCCCUGCCCUUCGGGAGUUCAUCCUCAAGCAGGGCCCAUCCAAGAACGUGACUCUGUUCGAUUGGGCUUUGAUCUGGGCCACCAACAAGAAGUACAUUGAUCCCGUCGCUCCUCGUCACACUGCAAUUGAGAAGACGGAUAUGGUCAAGGCAACCAUGACCGGCGGCCCUGCCACCCCCUACACUGAGAAGAGAGCUAAGCACGCCAAGAACCCUGCUGUCGGCGAGAAGACUGUCGCUUUCAGCUCCUCGGUUUUGCUGGAGCAAGUUGACGCCAAGUCGUUCAAGCAGGACGAGGAAAUCACUCUGAUGAACUGGGGUAAUGCCAUUGUUCGCAAGAUCUCCACCGAUGCUGCCGGCAAUGUCACCGACCUCGAGCUUGAACUCCACAUGGCUGGCGAUGUCAAGAAGACCGAGAAGAAGGUCACUUGGCUCGCUACUGAGGGCCAGACUCUCGUCGAUGUUGAGCUGGUCGAUUUCGACUACUUGCUCAAGAAGGACUCCCUGGCCGAGGACGAUGUCCUGGAGGAUGUUCUUAACUUCAACACCGAGUUCCGCGUGAGUGCUUUCGCGGAUGGAAACAUGUCUGAGGUCAAGGUUGGCGACAUCAUCCAGUUCGACCGCAAGGGCUUCUACCGUGUGGACCGGGCCCCUGCUCCUGGUGUCCCUGCCGUCUUCUUCAACAUCCCUACCGGCAAGCAAAAGUAGAUGAUUCACGACGGAGAUGCAGAAUGUGACUUGAAUGAAUGGAUGCGUA